UUAAAUUAUGCCAUAGACCUUGAACCGGUAUCCAGUUGUGUCUUAGACCUGUUCACGGCAGCAAGUAACAGUAAAUUAUUUAUUUAACAAUGACAUGUAAUUGCGCCAAUACAAAAUCUGGUAAAUCGUAUUUCGUAGGUGUAGAUGUAGGUACCGGUAGUGUCAGAGCAGCUCUUGUAACAGAAUUCGGAGAAAUCGUCAAAUCAGCUGACCAAACUACGAAAACUUGGAAUUUUCAACCUGAUUUUUAUGAGCAAUCCACGGAGGAUAUUUGGAAUGCUGUUAUCAGCUGCGUGAAGACUGUAAUUAAAGAUGUCAGCCCUGAUACAAUAAAAGGAAUUGGAUUCGAUGCUACUUGUUCGUUGGCAUGUUUUGAUAAAAAUGGUUCACCUUUGUCUGUCAGUCCUACUGGUAAUAACGAACAAAAUAUAAUUUUGUGGCUAGACCAUAGAGCUGUCAAAGAAGCUGAAGAAAUUAACAAUUUAAAUCAUCCCGUUCUUCAAUAUGUCGGUGGAAAAAUAUCACCGGAAAUGGAAACGCCUAAAUUACUUUGGUUAAAAAGAAAUCUACAAAAAGAAUGUUGGGAUAAGGCUGGUUAUUUUUUUGAUUUACCCGAUUUUUUAACAUGGAGAGCUACAGGAGUGGAUUCUAGAUCAUCUUGUUCUUUGGUAUGUAAAUGGACCUACGAGAUGUCUAUAGACGGUACCGAAAAUUGGAAUCUUUCGUAUUUUAAACAAAUCGGUUUGGAAGAUUUAGCUGAAAACAAUUGGCAAAAAAUUGGUAGCGUUGUUCUUCCUCCAGGGUCAGCAGUAGGAAAAGGAAUAUCCCAAAAAACGGCUGAAGAGCUUGGUCUCUUAGCUGGAACUCCUGUUGGUGCAUCUAUGAUUGAUGCACAUGCUGGUGGUCUUGGUUUGAUAGGCUGCAGAGUUACAGGAGUUGAUCCUGCUUUUCAUACCAGAGUUGGACUUAUUUGUGGAACAUCUACGUGCCAUAUGGCGGUUUCAAAGGAAGCAACUUUCACUCCAGGAAUUUGGGGUCCUUAUAAAAAUGCUAUGAUACCAGGUAUGUGGUUGAACGAGGGAGGUCAAAGUGCAACUGGAAAACUGAUAGAUCAUAUUAUAGACACUCAUCCUGCAACAGAAAAAAUUAAAGAAAAAAUUGGCGAUAUGCAUAUCCAACAAUAUUUGAGUAAUAUUUUAGAAGAAAUGUCAGGAAAACGAAACCUUAAGUCAGUAGCUCUUCUUACUAAAGAUUUACACGUUUGGCCAGAUUUUCAUGGAAAUAGAUCUCCAAUUGCGGAUCCAUCUUUAAAAGGAAUUAUAUGUGGACUUACACUUGCAGCCGAUGAAGAAAAUUUAGCAUUACUUUAUUUGGCUACUGUACAAGCAUUGUCAUAUGGAACACGUCAUAUUAUUGAUACACUCAAACAAUCGGGUUAUAAUGAAAUUAAAUCGACACUCAUAUGUGGAGGCCUCAGCAAAAAUCCAAUUUUUACACAAAGCCAAGCUGACGUUUGUAACCUUCCCACUGUAUGUCCUAAUGAAAUAGAAUCAGUACUCCUUGGUGCCGCUAUCUUAGGAGCUUGUGCUGCAGGUCAUUUUAAAGAUAUGACAUCUGCUAUACAAAGUAUGGGAGGAGAAGGACAAGUUGUCGAACCAAAUAAGGACGUUAUAGAUUUUCACAAUAAAAAGUAUGAAGUGUUUUUAAAAAUGUAUGAUGAUCAAAUUAAUUACAGAGAUAUUAUGAAAUCCGCUCAAUUCUGAAUAAAUUAUAUCACAUAAUUGU